AUGUUGGAUUCAGUAACGUAUUGUUACACUCCCAGAGGUAGUGACAUUAUAUUUCAGACUAGCUCCUUUAGAGCUAUUUCUUAUACUCCAUGUCCAUGUCGACACUAUUUCAGUGUCUCACGUGCUUACAACCAGUUAUUGCAAGUCCGACCAGUGCCCAUACAUCAGAAAAUAUAUUAUCAUCUUCCCUACAAAACACACAAUGUCCUCAGGGGAACACUUUUCUCAUCUUACUCUGUUGCUGGUAGAAAAGAAUUUUCCUGUUUCAACUCUAGAGAGGUUCGGAAGGUGAGAUUCAGGAUAUGUGCAACACUUGACGUUGCCGGUGCUGUUGAUGUCAUAAAUGAUUUGGGACUAGACACCCUCACAUUCUUAGCAGUGACUGUACUGAUAGUUCCUGCUUUCAAAAUGGUCAAAGCUAGCCCUAUACUUGGUUUCUUCUUUGCGGGAGUCGUGCUCAAUCAAUUGGGCCUGAUUAGAAAUCUUAUAGAUGUUAAAAUUCUAUCAGAAUGGGGGAUUCUCUUCUUGCUGUUUGAGAUGGGGUUGGAGCUUUCACUUGCACGAUUGAAAGCUCUUGCCAAAUUUGCAUUUGGCAUGGGACUAAGUCAGGUUUUGUUAUGCACUCUUGCUUUCACAGCAUUUGAGCUUCCACCAAAUAAUGCAAUUGGAACGAGAAUCUUGGAGUUUCUUUUUCACUCAAGACCUGACUUGGUCAAUAUCAGAAGCGUCGAUGAGGCUGUAGUAAUUGGAGCUGCUCUUUCGUUGUCUUCUUCAGCUUUUGUUCUUCAGCUUCUCGCAGAAAGGGGAGAACUUCCUACUAGAUUUGGUUCAGCAACCCUAGGGGUACUUCUAUUGCAGGACAUAGCAGUUGUCCCUCUCCUUGUCAUACUACCAGUGUUGGAGAGCCAGAAUUUGGUGGAAGAAAGUAUCUGGCCAAUGCUUGCCAAAGAAAGUUUAAAAGCUUUAGGUGGACUAGGUUUGCUUUCUCUAGGAGGAAAAUACCUUCUGAGGCGAGUGUUUGAGGUUGUUGCAGACACAAGAAGUUCAGAAGCUUUUGUUGCUCUCUGCUUACUGACUGUAGCAGGGACGUCACUUUUAACGCAGAAGUUGGGCUUCAGUGACACGCUAGGAGCUUUUCUAGCCGGGGCUAUUCUGGCGGAAACAAACUUCCGUACACAGAUUGAAGCUGAUAUAAGGCCAUUCAGGGGAUUACUUCUUGGGUUAUUUUUUGUGACAACUGGGACUUCUAUUGACACCGAGCUUCUUUUGCGAGAGUGGCCAAAUGUAUUUUCGCUGUUGGGUGGUUUGAUUGCUAUCAAGACACUAAUUAUAACAGCAAUAGGUCCCCGAGUUGGAUUAACUCUCCAAGAGAGUGUAAGGAUAGGCUUGCUACUUUCCCAAGGAGGCGAAUUUGGAUUUGUAGUUUUUUCUUUAGCAAACAGGCUUGGGGUGCUGCCACUUGAACUGAAUAAGCUUCUAAUAAUUGUCGUCGUCAUGUCUAUGGCACUUACACCCUUACUCAAUGAUAUUGGACGAAAGGCAGCUGAUUAUAUUGGUGAGAAGUUUGAAGAUGACAAUAAAACUGCUGACACAGUAAACUUUGAUGCUAGUGAGCCAGUUGUUAUUGUUGGGUUUGGGCAAAAGGGUCAGGUUCUUGCCAAUUUCUUGUCCACUCCAUUGCUAGAUGGUGACACUGGGGGAUGGCCUUAUGUUGCUUUUGAUCUUGACACUUCUGUUGUGAAGGCAUCUAGAAAACUUGGUUUCCCUGUUCUUUAUGGCGACGGUUCCCGUCCAGCAGUUUUGCAGUCUGCUGGCAUUAGUUCUCCAAAAGCUGUAAUGGUCAUGUAUACAGGGAAGAAGAGGACAAUUGAAGCUGUUCAGCGGAUUCGGCUUGCCUACCCUGCGGUCCCUAUAUAUGCCCGUGCUCAGGACAUGAUGCAUUUGUUAGAUUUGAAGAAAGCAGGUGCAACGGAUGCCAUUCUUGAAAAUGCAGAGACAAGUUUCCAGCUUGGCUCCAAACUUUUGAAAGGGCUUGGUGUUAUGUCUGAUGACGUAACGUUUCUGAGUCAGCUAGUACGAGAUUCGAUGGAGUUACAAGCUCAAGAAUCGCUAGGGAAAACUGACGAUCAAGAUUCAAAAGUGAUGAAGCCAUUGCAGGUGAGAGUUGCAGACUUAGUUGAGGCUCGUACACUAGUAAAGUCGGCCUCUAUCAAAGAUGAACCCCUAAAUGUGGACAUGACAACUGAAAGCUGCAUGUCAAAGUCGCAGUCGGGAGUCGGUCAGUCAUCUCAUGAUAGCGAGCUCAGUCAGUUGGAGGAUAUAGAAGGCAGAGGUGUUUUGUACUGUGAGAUAGAUACUGAAAAUCAUAUUGGAGCUCACCUCGACAAUAUUGAUUGA